CAGUCGUCAUUCCCGUCUGGCUACCAGCUCCCCGCUGCCCUGCGCACGGCGGGCUGGCACGGGGCCUGGGGAAAGCGGAGCAGGUCUGCGGGGCUAAGUGUCCCGGCGGCGCACCUCGCGGCGAGAAUCGGGAGGAGGAGGAGGAGACUGCACGGAUAGACCCAGAAAAACAACCAGAAAUAAAAUCUCAUCAUGGCAAAUAUCCACCAGGAAAACGAAGAAAUGGAACAGCCCAUGCAGAAUGGAGAGGAAGACCGCCCUUUGGGAGGAGGCGAAGGCCACCAGCCUGCCGGAAAUAAUAGACGGGGACAGGCUCGUCGACUUGCCCCUAAUUUUCGAUGGGCCAUACCCAAUAGGCAGGUCAAUGAUGGGAUGGGUGGAGAAGGGGAUGAUAUGGAAAUCUUCAUGGAGGAGAUGAGAGAAAUCAGGAGAAAACUUAGGGAGCUGCAGUUGAGGAAUUGUCUGCGUAUCCUUAUGGGAGAGCUCUCUAAUCACCAUGACCAUCAUGAUGAAUUUUGCCUUAUGCCUUGACUCCUGCCAUUUUCCUUGAGGUUAAUACUAUGAUUCCCACUGUUUUCUUUUUCCUUGCAUUUUCCUAAUAUGCCUUUACUGAUCUGUUUGCUGUGAACCUUAUGUUAUUUCCUUGUGUCAGGCGGGUCUUGUGUUGCCAGCUUCUAAUUGGAGAUUGCCUUUGCACCCAGUCUAAGUUUCUGUCAGCAGUAAAGUUUCACCCAUUUGCACGGAAAAAAUGUAAAGUUAAUAAAGCAAUUAAAAAGCAAUCUA